UCCAUCUCGCGGAACGGCACCGACACUGUCGGCUUUGCGCCACGCGCCGUUGUUUCGAAGGGCUCCCAAACGGGCGCUAUCAUCGGCGGGACGGUCGGUGGAGUGGUGGGCGUGUUCUUACUAGGCCUAGCGGCGUUCUUCUUCAUCCGGAGCAGGCACGACCGCGCGGAGCUCAAGCACACUAUGGCGGAGGUCGAAGAGCACAAGGCGGCGAACGCAGUGGAGCCAUUUCCGCUCGGGCUGCCGGUGACGCCGCAGAGUGGGCAGUCGUUCGCUGCGCAGCAGGCAUAUGGGACACCGCAUGGCUCGCCAGAUGCAGGUUCACCGCUGUUGCCUGUGCACCACGACGAUGAUGUUGCGCCACCAACGUAUGAGGAGACGGAGACCUCGCGCUCGGAAAUCGCGGCGCCGUCGGCGAUAGGUAUCGCGCGCACGAGCAAGGGCGAGUAUGUUCUACCGGCAUCGGUGCAGGCAGGGAGCUCCAGCUCGGGGGAGCCUCCGCUGACCCCGAAUCAUGGUCUGGGUAUGUUCAACAUUGAAGAGUAAUGUCGCUUUUUCUUUUCUGUAUUUAUUUCGCUUGGCUUUUUAUAUGGACGUCUUUUUCUACGCCGUCGGCUAUGAAGUUCGGUCCAUGAAUCCGUGGAGAGUAUCACGUGUACGGGAGUCGAGCAGUGCUUUGAAUGUAACAAAAUUUCUCUUCAUCCA